AUGACAGUCUAUCUGCUAACUGCUAGCGCGGUUAUAGUAAGACUCGACCCUGUGGCCUCUGCUGCUGCUGUCUCUAGUGCUGCUGCUGUCUCUGGCGCUGCUGCUGUCUUUAGCCUUGGCGAUGCUGCUGUCUUUAGCCUUGGCGAUGCUGCUGUCUUAAAACUUGCGGAUCUCUGCAAGACUGGCGCCCUGUAA